UCAAUAUGGCGGUCAAAAAUGUAAACAAUUUGAUCUCUUGCUAAAUAACUGUAAAUUCCAAGAAUUGUGGCAACAAGUAGCAUUUGUGAAAAUGGCAGAUGGUGCAACACAGAGUACUUCCUAUUAUUCUCUGCAGCCAAGCCACAUCAGGAUGUCCAUGAGGGACAAGUCACUAUUAAAGCGUAGAGUCAAUAAGGAACACAGCAGUAAUUUCAGGGCUGGGUAUGUUCAUGUAAAUGAAGAACACCUGCACAAGACAGGCCUGAGGGGAAGGAAGAGAUAUGUAUUUUAUGCUUUCUUGAUUCUAUUGCUCUUGAUGGUUCUUGGAAAUUUAGUUGUGACAAUAGUCAUCCUAAGUCUAUUGAGGAUCUCCCACACUGGUAUUGCUGGAAUGGAGUUCAUUUCUCCCAGUUUAGUGCUGAGGUUCCUCACGGAUGCCGACAUGGGAGCAGUAUUUCUGAAUGGAAGUAGCAGAGUAACCAGUUUUCAGGACCUUGCAGUGACUGGAGAAAAUCAGCCUAUCCACAUGAUGGUAGCUGGCAAUGUUUCUUCAGUGAAUGUCCUGCCUCAUGUUACAAGGAUUGUUGUGAAGGAUGCUUUUAAAAUUAUCCACCCACAAACGGGCAAGGUCCUGUUCUCCACAGAUUUCAAAAAAGGAUUCUCACACCCAUUUAAACACAUGGAAACUGCAGAAGUACUCACAAAUAAGUUCACAAUGCUAAAGGGAGCUGCACACCAUGCAGCCACCGUGGAUUAUGCUUAUCAACUUCCAAAAACUUUCCACAAGCCUGGAAGCAAAAUGUAA